CUCGGCGGGGGCCAGCGACGGCGAAGCCGGGAAAGGAGAGGGGUGGCCGGGCAGGCGGGCGGCGCCAUGGCCGGCGCUUACCACUGGGAAGCCCGCCGGAGGCAAAUGGCGAUGGACCGCCGGCUGCAGAAGAUGCAGAAAGGAAGUGAAGAGAAGAACCCAAGAAGGGACCUCGAAGAACAGACCAAGAGCAGCACUCGACAGGCAAGAAGUCCCUUUGAAGCAAGGCAGCCUCAGAAAGUCCCAGAAAAGCAGCCCUCCCACCAGAUGUCCCGGAAUCCCUCACUACGGCCACCACCUCCACCACCUCCACCUUCUCGUGAAGUUAAAGAAGAACGUUGCCCAUGUAACACCGACCAUGUCCUGAAGCACAGUGGCAAACUCUUGAAAAGGUACAAGGACAUCGAGUAUGUACAACAGCGUUAACCACAGAGCGGCUGAUAGCAGCUGGAAGAGAGUCCCUUUCGUAGAUCUGAAUCGAAAGUCACAAUGUUGCUGACAUCAGUGGUGCAAGACUACAUGGCAAAGAGUUAAUGACUCCAUGCAUCGGGAACUCGCCUUACCUUGCAAUAAAAAGCUCUAGGUUGCAGACCCAAAGCAUGGCUCGUUUGUCUGAAACUGGGUGUAACCAA